AUGGAGGAGAAGAGGCUCCGGGGACCGGUCUCGCAGCCAAAUCUUCAAUUGUCCAGCAGUUCAGACUCCCGUGACAUAACCAGCGAGGAAGAAGAGGACUUUGUCAAGAACACUUUUGCUGAAGUAUCCCAGAAGCUGCUGGAUGAGCUGGAAAUGCUAGAAGUGAAGCUCCAAAAUGAAGCCAUUCUCCUGAAAGAAGAGGGUGCUGAGGGUGUGCAGGUCAGCAAAGUAGACAAUACACUGGUGAAGCUCAGUCAGCCAUCUGUCUCGACACUAAACCACCUCCCAGAACACAAGCCCCUAACCCGACUAAACCAUUCCCUGAAAGACCAGCAGAUAAACUAUCUCCGGGAAGACCCACCAUUACACCAUCUUCCAGAAGACCAGCCACAAAACCAUCUUCUGAAAGACCAACCACUAAUUGGUAUUCUGGAAAGCAGACCGGUAAACAAUAUUCUGGAGGACAAACCACUAAGUGAUAGUCUGAAAGGCAGGUCACAAAAUGAUUCACUUGAAGAUAGGCCACCUCAGCCAAAGCAAGUACAGGUGGCCUGCGAACUCAGUACUAAAAGGAAUGAAGAAGACCAUCAUCCUAAAGAUUUGGAGGAGACGGUCAGUAGGCUGCUGGAGGAAAAGAAGCAAAACAUAGAGGAAAUCGGAGAGCUAAAAUGUCAGAUACAGAAAUUAAAGGAGGAGGUUAAAGAUGAACGACUAGAAAGAAAAUCUUUGGCACUAAAACUAGAAAGGAACCAGAGGAAAUUCCUAAAGCUGAACAGAGUCUCACUAGCAGUGACCCAGGAAUAUGCUGAAAUGAUAGGACAGCUGGAGCUGGAACAAGACUUAAGACUGGAGGCUGAAAUCAUAGCACACCAGAUACUGAGGGAGAAGCGGGAAGUCUCUAGGCAGAGCAUGAUACUGAUGCAGAACUUGGAACCUGAUCAGAUGCUUCUAAAAGCUCUGGAGGAUGUCCGUAAAGUGGAAGAAACCAAAGCCGAGCUACAGACACAGGUGAAAAGUCUGGAACUGCAGCUGGAAGAAAGGCCUUCACAGGAAGAAUUAAUCGGGAUCAAAGAAGAACUGAACACAGCAAAUCAGGAGAAACAUCAUUUAGAAGAACAGCUGAAGGUGGAGCAAGAGAAGUUUGCGGACUUGCAAGACAAAGUAAAGACUUUGGAAGAGAAACUGAAAGAAUCAUCAGCCAAUGGACUGGAAGAUGUAGAAAAGGUAGCAGAACCCAUACUACCACCACCUCCUCCUCCUCCUCCACCACCACCACCACUUAUGCGUCUACUUUCCACAGCACCCAAAGAGUAA